UGCGUCAGCGGCAACUAGGAUUAAAGUUUUCCUGUGAGCGGUCAGAGGACUUGACUUCAUAAAAUGUCCACCUCGGUGUUCAGGCGGAAUAGUUGCCGCGGAGGGUCGUGCGGCGCCCGGACAUCAGCGGAGGGCAACAGGCGCAGAAGCUCCAGCUGCUUUGCACCUGGAGCUCAGGCUGAGGACUUCUCUGUGAGCCUCAACCAGCCCAUAGUUUCUAUCGCUCUGCGCUUCUUCUUGGCCAUAGACCUGUGGCUGUCCAAGCGCCUGGGAGUGUGCUCCUGUGAGGAGGCUGCGUGGGGGAGUAUACGGCCCCUGGUUCGGCUGGUGGAGUUCUCAGGUCACGUCGCUCCGUGGCUCUUCGGCGCAGUUUACACGCUCCUCCGAGGAGAGACCACAGAAGAGCAGGAGAUCAUGCUCAACCUGACCCUGGCUUUGCUUCUAGACCUGAUGAUGGUCAGACUUCUGAAAAGAUUGGUCAGACGUCGAAUGCCUGCCCAAAACCGGUCGGACAUCUUGUCUACCUUUUUUGUGGAGAAGUAUUCAUUCCCAUCUGGCCACGCCACGCGGGCCGCCCUGUGUGCUCGCUUCCUGAUGGCCCAGCUGGUUGACACUUACUCGAUGCGGGUGCUGGUCCUGGGGUGGGCCUCUUUGGUCAGUCUGUCCCGACUGCUGCUGGCCAGACACUAUGUGACAGAUGUGUGCUUCGGCCUGGCCAUGGGCUACUGUCAGUAUGGCCUGGUGGAGCAGCUGUGGGUGUCCUGGGACUGUCUGCAGGAUGUCCUGCUGCUCAAAGUGAGGGAGAGGUUCACCAGAGCCUACAGUCAACUGUGGUCAGCAGACUGGGCUCUGUAGACUUUCUAAAAGAAGAGAAAGAACUGUGAUUUUCACACCUUGGAAAAUAUUUGUUGUAGUACCCUCUCAAUGAAUUUAAAUGACAAUUCCAACGGCAAUAAUUAUGGAUAAAUACAACUGCACUAACAUCUA